AUGAUACUAAAUGUUGAUAAUUUUACAGAAAUAAUUGAUUGGGACGAUUUUAAGACAGAUUAAAGCAGUUAUUCUGAUGGAAAGUAUAAUUUUCUAAUAACUAGUGAAUACGUUAUUGAUAAUUACUGCAGUCUAAUAGAGAGAAAUUGCCCAUAAAACUAAACUUAGUGUUAGGCAGAAUUAGAUAAUUAUCUUAGUGUUGAUCUUGGGUCUGAUUAAUCAAAUUUAAUAUAUGAAUCAAGUUAAUACUCUGCAUGGUCAUCUGCUUAGUAAUUUAAAUGGGAAUAAUUAACUGAUGAAUAAAAGAAGAAAAUAAUUCUUGUUAAUUUUAGUGCCUCAAUUAGCAAAUCUUUUUUAGCUAAUUUAUUCUUGGUAGAAAUAGAGGUAUUUGCUUUUUAUAUUGCAUUCGAGACAGAUGGAAUAUUUUUAUAAAAUGAGUUUAACAUGAGAUUGAAUCAAAUAGAUUUAAUAAAUAAUUCAGAUUUUGGCGGCCCAUUUAAUUGUACAAAAAACGACUAAGGUGAGUAUAGCUCCUAUAAGUACUCUGAUCCUUCCUAAUUUAAUGGGUUUUAGUAUAUGGAUUAAGAUGGAGAAAGUUGUGGCGGUUAAUGUUCUUGUGAAUAUUUUAAUGUGAAAAGACUUUUUCCUAUUGAUUGGAGGUGUCGACCAUGGUUUCGGUCAUCCUUUAAAGAAUAUGAAAUAACUUUUUCUGAACCCUACUCUGACUUAAGUACUAAUGCUUCAGAUACAACAAUUACUUAUAAAAUUACUGAUAAUAUAAAUGAGAUGAAUAUAACUCAGGAGAAAGAGAUGGCACCUAUUGCAGUCCAGUCUAUUGAUUUAGAUCUUAAAUAAAUAAAAUAAAGGUUAUCAUCAAACAAUAAUUUUGAAUUGGAAUACUCUUACAUAGUUUCACCUAAAACAUUUGAUUAUGAUGAUAACUAAGGUUAUUAUUAGUUAUUAGCAAUGAUUCAUCCUCUUAAUAAUGGUACUGUUUAAAAUAUAAUUGAUAUUGAAUUCUAAAAUUCUACAAAUAAAUAAGAAGAGAUAAAUUAAUAUUUAAAGUAAGUUGACUUCAUGCUUAAUACAAAAAUAAGAGAGUCUGGAUGCAAUCUAAUUGCUUAGAAUUAAGACAUGUUUGAAAUAAUAAUUAGAAAUGGGUAAGAGUAUUUAACUUACUUCUCUACUCUCAAAGUAUGUUAUGGGAAUUUAUAUACAUAAGAAAAUUUAAUUGUUGGAUAUCUAGCAAAAGCUAUUUCUACUGAAGUCAUAUAAACCUAAGCAAAUAUAGUUACUCAAGCAUUUAAACCAAUGCAAAAUGCUAUAAUAAUUGCAUAUAUAAUAUGUUUAAUAUUCAGUGCUAUAUUAUUAAGCUUGCUUCUAGGAUUAUUACUCUAAUACAAUUUUGAUAAUCCUAUAAAUAUACUAAUUUCACUUCUGAAUAAAGCUAAACCUAAUGAAAUAAAUUAAUUUUCAGAGAUGAUAAGCUUAGGGAAAAUCAAGACAUAAUAAGAACUAAAAAAUUUAAUAUUUGCUAUAAAUUCAGUUAUUACUUUUGUUGAUUGCUAAAUCUUAUCUUUGUUAAGAGAUUAAAAAUAGAUAUAAGACGAUGAUCUCAUUUAAAUUUAUCUUAAAGCACUUUAAAAUUUUGAAAUUUUAGAAAACAUUACUGGGAUUGGAAUUUGUUAAAAUAAUAUUUCGAACAUAUAUCGUGCAUAAAAAAAUUAAUAAAUGAGUAUUGAAUUCAUGCAAAAAGCAAAUUUAAAUAUGGACUAGUAAAUUGAUGAAUAAGAAUGGCUUUUUGAUAUAAGAGAUGCUAAAUAAAUGUAAAAAUCUAAUAAUCUACUAUAAAUAAUUUUCAUCUUUUAAAGAACACCCACUUUAUGA